AUGGAAUCCCUGCGCUUUCUUCGGUCUCUCGGCUCGAGACGCAGCCAACCCGUGUGGACUCGCUUCCCUGAGCCCCUCGACACAAUCGACGAAGAAGGCGACGCACCAGAGCCCAAAGGAGCCCGGCGGAGAAGGAAGCUGAGUGAAGUGCUGCGGAUCCAAGACUUGGCCAGUCUCCCGUGGAUCGGAUGGCUGUUCGUCUACGCGUUCGUGCUGUUCUGCUUCUCUGCCAGUCGCUGCGUCGUCCUCAAGUCCCUCGUGACCAUGUACGGCAGUCCGCGAGACUACACGGCGAGCUUCAAGAUUGCAGCGCUGACUCUGGGCUUCAUGGAGGACUUCGUCUGCGCGACCUACUUGACGUGCGUUCUGUGGCUCUUUGACACCUGCAAGCUCGCCGUCGUGAACCGGUUCACCUCUCGAGGUCGCGCAGUGAUCGUGCGAGUCGCCGGAAGCUUCGCAACGUUCGCUGUUUCGUGGCUCUCGUUCGUCGUAAUGAUGGCCCCAUUCGCCGCCGACCUGCUGCUGGUGAUCAACCGCGACAUGCGCUUCACGCUCGACCUCGUGGCCACUUUGAUCCGGGAGAGGCACCACCUCGACGCCGCCCCGAUCUCGACCGAGGAGAUCCAAAGAGCUUACAUGACUGCUGCUCUUGUAGCAGGAGCUGCUACGAUAUUCGCACUUGUGCGGGCGUGCGCAGGCUGGGCGGAUCUCGCGGGCUGGAACCCGACGCACCUGGUAGUGGACCCUUCCAAUGGCUGGGGCCGCAGUAUCAAGCUGACGACCGGAAUGGGCGGCAAGUACGAGGAAGUCGCACUCGAAGAAGGAGCCGCCAGCCCGAAAUCCCCAGUCCUAGACAAGCUCUCGUCCGCGAACGCCAGCUCCACGUACAGAUCGCUUAUUAUCAACCACACGGUUCAAGCGACCUUGGUUCUCUCGGGGCUCGUUGUACUCCCUGCGCUGGUGGUGGCGGUGCGUUGUGAGUGUUCGCCUCUGGUCGCGUACUCUGCGUUGAACGCGACGCUGAACGAACUGUUCGGCCACGCGCUGCAGCCAGCGCCGACCGACGCCACGUUCACGAACGUCAACGACAACCAAUGGGUCGAGAUGUACAUCCACCCGACCGAGAGGCACAAACUCUUCGGAGACGACUCGCUCUACCGCCUCACGACGGGAUUCCGCGGAGACGUUGCAUUCGACGUCAGUGUAUCGAGCGACAACCCGCCGAACGUCCUGGUCAUCGGAGUCGAGUCGUUCCGGUACCGGGACUCUCGCUACAUGGUCGGGAAGGACGACCCGUCCAACCUGUUCAAGGACACCGACCUCACCAUUACGCCCAACUUCGACCGGUGGGCGAAGCGUGGCGUCGCUCUCCGCAAUCUCUGGACAAGUAACCCCACAAGUCGAUCUCUGGAGAGCAUCCAGUUCGCUCAGAUCCCGUACGACAGCGCUACACAGACCGGAAUCACUGGCGGGAGGGGGGACACGCAGCUCGCAGGUUUGCCGCAGCUUUUCUCGGCCAAGGGCUACGAGACGUUCUUCUCGACCGGGUCCUCCAUUGACCUCGACAACUGGGACAUCUUCCUGCCUUCGCACGGCUUCGAGACGGUGUGGGACAACAACAAGAUGAUUGAGCUGGCUGAGGCGGACUACAACAUCUCCCACGAGGAAUGGAACGGCGAGGAGCACCGAGGAUUCACCUGGGGCGUUCACGACGACUUGAGCUUCCAGAUCCUCGGCGACCUGCUCGUCAACAAGACGAGGAAUCAAACGGAGCAGGUGACAAGGGGCGAGCCGAAGAAGCCGCUCUUCAUCACGCACUACACGAUCACGAGCCACGCGCCGUUCAACGCCUGGCCGACCUGGUACGACAAAUCCGAGAAGCCCGAUUUCUCCGCGCUUUACGAAGGAGAAGAGCACGCAGAAGACAUCCAGAGGUACCUCGAGGCGCGAUACUUCACGGACCUGGAGCUGGGCAGGUUCCUGGACCGCAUGUCCGACGAGGGCGUGCUCAAGGACACGAUCGUCCUCAUUAUGGGGGACCACGGCCAGGCGCCGGAAGCUGAGGUUAUCUACUCUGAAGAGGAAUCCAUGACUCGCGUUCCCUGUGCCAUUAUCGCCGAAGGACGACUAGGGAAGGAUACAGGACUCGUGAUCGAAGACGCCGCCGAGCACUACGAUAUCCUCAACACGUUGGCAGAUAUCACGGGUGUGCCUGAGGGAGGCUUCGUGCAGAACGGCGUCGGACGCUCGCUCAAGCGCAAGGUCACGUUCGGCGAGCGCGCGGUCUUCAGCAACGUCCCGGGCCACAAGAUGUCGGUCGUUCGUGGCAAUCAACGACUGCGUUAUGACAGUGUGACGGACGCGAUGCUGCUGCACAACACGGAGACGGACUACUUCAUGGCUGAAGAUCUGUUCCCAGGACUCUCACCCGACAAGCAGGCGGAGUGGCUGGCCUGGCGCGACAACGGACGAAGGAUCUCCGCAUAUUACACCAAGCGGUGGGACGAGAAUUGCUUGCUGGCGGUCAACUGCACGGCAGAAAUGUAG